AAGCUUAAAAAAAUCUUACUUGAUAUUCAAAUGCUUCCUUAUCUGCAUACUGAUGAAGAAAUUAAUGAACAACUGCAUUCCAUUUUUACCACUUUUAAUAUUACUACCAAGAUCCUUUAUGCUACUACUGAUGGUGAAGGCGUAUGUGAUUCUGAUUUAGCAAUUCAAGAAUAUACAAGUAGCAACAAGAAUAUUGACAAUU